AUGGCUCUCAACGUGCGAGGGAGACACGAAGUGGACUUUGAGGACGCGUAUCUGGUCCCCAGGUCCCGGUUAGCUUGCAGCGCAUGUCGAAGGCAAGUGCGGCCGUCUCUUAGAAGGAAAAAGACAAAAUGCGUCUCAAACCAGGUCCUAAAAGCGGUCAGUGUCCACCCCUGUUGGAGGUUGCUUCGUGGAAGACGGCUGACAGGGUCCCUAGUAUCUUCCCAACGAGCGCGGAAGGAGGCCCCAAUGAACGGGGUCAGAGGUAGCCAGCAUCAGUGGCAAGGCAUCAUCAAUGACAAUCUUGAAGAAGACGUAGAUGACUGCAUUCUGCUAGACGAGCAAGGAACAGACUUAUCCUUCAAUUCGCGGCGUGCCGCUAUAUCUGGUGACCCUUCCAGAGCUGAUUUCUUUGCAUCAUCGCACGGCAAGUUCAUGGCGGAAGAGCUGGGAGCGGAUUCCAACUCAUCAGGCUCCCCAGAUGUGGAAUCCAACUUUGUCAAGGCCAUCAGCCUUUCGUCUCUCAUUCACCCGACACACGAGAUAUGUUCGUCUCCAUUGCCCACUAGGAGAGACAUGUCGUCAUCCAGCUCUCUUCUAAACCUCGUAGGAGCACAGACGCUGCUGACGGAGACCUGUAAUGUUUUGGGUCUGUCAAUACGGAUGUUUCAAAGACUGAUUGAUUCCUACUUUGACAACAUGACCGCUUUUUCACUGUUUCAUCAGCCUUCAUUCGGAUAUAAAAUCCAGAAUAUCGAGAAUCCGCGUCAUCUCCAGGCCUUGUUUGCUGCCAUGUUUUCAUUCUCUGCCCGGUUUGAGACCGCUAGCUCAAUCGAUGGUGUGGACCGGCAACAGAUAGAGCCGCGGACUCUGGAUUACAGGCGAUUCCACCACCAAGCGUUGGAGUUGAUCGAAAACUCUCUAAAGGAAACAUCCGACACGCCACCCUCUCUUUGCCUUCUUCAAGCCAUGACCCUCAUUACCUUCUGUGAAUUGACGAAUGGUGUGCGAGGACGGGCGUGGAGGCUCCUGGGUUCGUGCGUUCUAGUGGCCUACGAACUUCAUCUUCAUCUGAUCGACUACCAAGCCCGUGAGGAGUACGUAAAGGUUGGCCAAGAUCUCGCGCGCUGGACUGCGGACGAAGAACGACGACGAUGUUGGUGGGCCAUUUGGGAAAUGGAUAAUUUUGCAAGCACCAUCCGAAGAUGUCCGACGGCCAUCGACUGGAAUAUGAUCGAUACGUAUCUUCCAGUCAAGGAUGAGUUCUGGUUUAACAACCAGUAUCAGCGUAGCUGCUUCCUGGCGAGAGAGCCCAUCAACCGAUGGAAGAUGCUGAAAAAGUGUAGAAAUGAAAGUCCGACCGCUUGGCUGAUUGUCAUCAACUCGCUCAUGAGAAAUGCCCAGGUCCUCCUCCGGGGGAAUCUCCAAGGGGUUUUACUAGAUGUCGACCCACAUGACAAUACGGAACAACUCCUGCAUUACUUUCGGAACUCGUUUCGCAGGAAAAAGACUCAAGAAGACUCAGCACGGUUGAAGACGUUGGUACAUGCUCUACAGAAUGUGAUAUCCCAAUUGCCCGAGUCGCUAGUGUACCAAGGAGAAUAUCUCGACUUUGGUUCCAUCGCAGAUGUGGAGAACAGACGGCUCCAUAGUGCGAAGUACAGCAUCUAUCUCACUAUUCAACUCGCCCGGUUUAUGAUCUAUCACCACUACGCGUUUGGGGAAAUCGUCUCUGGCACCAUCUUUUCGGGGAAGCGGAACGCAUCCGAGCCCGGCUGGUCACCUUCAGAUCGAGAAACACCCGUGAGUUGCCAAGGUUUGCAAAACUGUCUUCAGGCGGCGGACGAUAUAUGGUCCCUUACCACUCGGUGUUCGGAGGAUCACGUUAAACAUGUAAAUCCAUUUCUCGCGAGCACAGUCUGGUUGGCCGCGGCCCUCCAGGUCCUGCGGAUAGUAUUUGGAAACGAGGAAGAUAGGGAUGAGGCGAAGUCGAAGUGUGAGACAUUGCGUGCUACCUGCGAGCGAUAUACUGAAUUUUGGCAUACCCCUCUGGCAUUGUUGGAUAACCUGGACUCUCUAGAGGGACGCCUUUUCCGGUACCGGGAUUCAUCCCUUGCCGCUGCUGCAGAUCAAACUCGAGGGUCGGGCUCGACGAUUUCUCCAAGCACGUCAAGAGGAAAUGGACUACGAACGACCAAUAUUCAUCCCACCGCUAACUGGGGAGAAUCUCAACAAAAGCCACCAUCUGAUGAUGGGUUGACCCCCAAAUCCGGAAGUCCACCAUCCGCAGCGCCACAUUAUCACACUGGCUGCGCCCACUUGGAAGAAGAAGAGUAUCAGUCUCCAAGUGGUAGUUCGUUAUUCAAUUUUCCGCCACCACCGCCGUCAAACAACUCUUCGGAUCGCUGUCCAUUGCAUAAUAACAGCAACAAUAAUAAUAACAACAAUCCAGUUUCAAGUUUUUCGAGGUCCGACCAUAACGUGCCUGCUGACCGUGACCCGUUCGCAGGUUGGGGAGGGGGACACGAUGCAAAUCGACCCAGAACUGGAUAG